GCUGCCCUGAAGCCUGCAGCCGCCUUUCCGGGUUGCAGUUCCCCUUUAAGAGCCUGUCUUUACCCCCCCCUCCUCCCCACCCUGCCCUUCUUUCCUCGGCUUGUUGCUGCUGGGAACCCACGUCAAAGGUCGCCUGGAGAUUUGUGACCAACCAUGAGCCCGAGGAGCGUUUCGCUUUCCCUUCCCGGAAGGAGGAGUCUCUGUCCGGGAUGUGAUUCACAGGCGGAGGGAGCCGGCAGCCGGCAGCCGCUCGGAACAGCCUUUCCCCGGGCUCGUUACUGAGCCGUCCCCCCGGAACCUCGCCCAGCUCCCAGGCUGCGGCCCCGGCCCCUUCCCCUUCCCCUCCCCCGGGACCAGGGGCGGACAGAGAGACACACACCAGGACAGAGAGGGUGAGGGUGGAGGGAGGGUGACUCUGCGGACCUUGUCAGACAUGUCUGAGGCUCUCACUCAGAGACACAUCAAGCAGGAGAGAAACGCCUACACCCCCCCAGUCAGCCCAGUGCCAGCGUUCAGCAGCACUGUUCAAGGAAGUGUGUCUCAGGGCAGACGCAUGGAGGAUGGAACCUAUGGCCUACCCAAUCACCUCCGCCUGCAGCCCAUGUUCUGGAGUCGGUUGGACGUGGCUCAGUGGCUGAAAUGGGCAGAGCAGGAAUAUUCUCUGCGGCCAAUGGAGAGUGAGAUGUUUGAGAUGAACGGGAAGGCUCUGUGCCUGCUGACUAAGGAGGAUUUUCGAUAUCGGUGCCCGCACUCAGGAGAUGUCCUCUACGAGCUACUGCACCACAUUCUGAAGCAGAGGGAGUCCCCGGUCUGGUACCCCCCGUUCCUGCAGCCGGCCAGUACUACACACAACCCAGCUGACAUCAUAGUGCACAAUCCCCUGGAAGACUUACUGCACAGAAAUGCCCGGCCCUCAGAGCUGGCGAGUCAUCGGAAUCUGCCUUCGCUGGCACCACUCCAGAGAUUGGUCCGGUCUCCAGCUGGUGCCCAGCGACACUCUUCCCCGGAAGCAGAGCUAGAAAUCCCGCAGAGCCUUGCUCCAGCAUGUGAGAGGAACCCGAGCCCCAGCUCACAGGCAGAGAAUACGCACAGCUCCUCGCCAGACAUCGAGCAAAGACUGUCCAUCUCACCUGUGGAUGAGAACCACUGCCCAUCGGGCAAUGACAACAUGCUGCCAGCUCCCAGGAGAAAUCAAUCCCCUGCUAUGGACACCUCCCGAGUUAUCCAGUUAAUCUCCAACUCCAUGAUGAACCCAGCAAUGGUCUCCAGCCGACAGCCCACAGAUAUCCCCUUGAGGAUGGCCAACCGGAACUCUCACAAGGAGCGGCCUCUGAACCUAUCCCGGGAAGAGCUGUUAUACCGUAACCAUGUGAUGGUGCCCAUAUCAGCCUCAGAGGAGCCUGUGACCACACCCAUGGGCAGAAUUGCAGACUGCCGGCUCCUCUGGGACUACGUUUACCAGUUGCUUUCAGACAGCAGGUAUGAAGCUUUCAUCCGAUGGGAGGACCAUGAGUCCAAAGUUUUCCGAAUUGUGGAUCCGAAUGGCCUGGCCCGGUUGUGGGGUAACCACAAGAACCGAACAAACAUGACGUAUGAGAAAAUGUCACGAGCUCUCCGCCAUUACUACAAACUCAACAUCAUUAAGAAGGAGCCUGGCCAGAGACUCCUGUUCAGGUUCAUGAAAACUCCGGAUGAGAUUGUGAACAGUCGGUCUGAUCGCCUUGAACACCUCGAGUGCCAGGAAAUGGAGGAGCCUCUGUACCAGGACGAGGAAUGCUGAGUGCUCUGAUUAUGGGACAUCACCAGAUGUGGAGGAUGUGCCAGGCUGUAGCAGCUGUCAGGCUGGCAGUGCCAGUGUGUAAGAAGGUGCUGCAGACUGAGACCCAAACUGCUGUCCAGUGAAUCACUGUAUCUCCCCUCCAUCUGCUGCUUCACAAUGUGAUCGCUCUCAGCCUUCUACUGGACAAACAAUUGGGAGAGAGUGAGGGCAAGCACAGUAUCAGUCUGGAACCUACUCUGUUGCUGCCACCUCAUUGCAGGCCUUGAAAUAAUGCCAGGCUUUGUGACCACAUCAACUUCCUCAAAACAGGAACGAUGGCAGGUUGCCAGUGUGGAGCUGGACCUAUGUUACUCUGUGUCACUCUACUCAGUGCCCUGCUGACAAUCGCACUAUUUACCCUUCAUGAUCAUAAACUUGAAUUUGUAGUGUUUUUUUAAAAAACUGCACAAGUUGAGUCUCUGUCUCUCUUUGAGCUCAUACUGAGGAUCUACGUUUCCUACUAGAAAACACACUUUGUAAUGAUUCUUUUUAAACAAUGCUACAUCUGGAAUUAAA